AACCUGCGAUUGCAAGGGGAAGGGGAAGGGAGACCGCGGUUUCAAGAAUGGCCGCUCGACGCGCAUGCUCAUUCGCCGCGCGACACAACAGUCGUAAACAAGAUAACGUUUUGGUCGACGCUGUUCGCGUCCAAUUAUUCCGCCUACAGGGUUGAAGGGGGUGUCUCGUGGGGGACGUAAUUUCGCGAUUUCACCACGUUGAUAUUUGUUGACACGAAGCAGGAUGCUCCUGAUGCCGCGACAUGGCACGUCGUGAUACAUAAAUUUAGGACACGCGUUGGCAUGCGGUGACGUCAUCCAGAUCGUUCUAGAAGAAUUUCCGCGAAACAAAAAUGGCGGAUUUAUACGCGAAGUACAACUGCACCUAUUGUCAGGAGGACAUUACGGGCCUACGUGUCAAGUGCAUCGAAUGUCCCGAAUUCGACCUUUGCUUGCAGUGUUUUUCUGCUGGUGCUGAAAUUGGUCAACAUAAAAAUAAUCAUGCCUAUCAAUUUAUGGACUCUGGUACGAUUAGUAUAUUUAAUGGACGUGGUAACUGGACAGCUAGGGAAGAACUUAGACUUCUGGAUGCUAUUGAACAAUUUGGAUUUGGAAAUUGGGAAGAUAUCAGUAAACAUAUCGAAACGCGCACGCCAGAGGAAGCAAAGGAUGAAUACAUCGCUAGAUAUCUCAAUGGUAAUAUCGGAAAGCAUACAUGGCCACCUACAGAAAGCUAUGUACCAAAUCUUACGGAUCAAACCAAGUCCGAUCAUGGCCCAUUAUCGCCUGAUCUUACAUCCAAAUUACCACCAUUGGACAUCACUCCAGAAGAAGCGACACAAUUGGGUUACAUGCCCCAACGAGAUGAUUUUGAGAGAGAUUAUAAUCAUGAGGCCGAAUCUCUCGUUUCUUCGUUAUUCCUGAAUCCUGCCGAGGAUGAUGAUCUUGACAUUGCACUUAAAUUAGCGCAAGUUGAUAUGUAUACCAAUAAUUUGAGAGAGCGAGCAAGGCGGAAACGUGUCGUAAGAGAUUAUCAACUUGUAUCAGCUUUCUUUGCAUCAACCAGAAAAGACAAAGGAAUAAAAAAGAAACAUACAAAAGAAGAAAAAGAAUUUAGGGACAGAAUGCGUGUAUUCGCACAGUUUUACACAGCACAAGAGCACGAACAGUUCCUAACAAAUCUCGAAAGGGAAAGAGAAUUGCGCUUACGACUUUCGGAACUUUAUCGAUAUCGUGAGAACGGUAUUACGAGGCACGAGGAAUGCGCUCAUCUGGAACAAGUUCUCGCGCAAACUCAAAAACAAAAUGACACAACGGAUUAUUGGACAGAAAAGAAAUCUGGCAGCAGUGGGCCGUUCACACCAAUACACCGCAGCACCUCAAAAAGAAGAGAAGAAGAAAAAAGUUACUCUUUCAUCGACCGAAAAUACACUACAAAGCAAGACUUGCCCAACAACUCCACAAUCAAUCAAACUUGUCACAAUCGGACGACGAUUCCAACCAAUCAAUGGGUGGAAUCGGAUAGCAAUCCUACUUCCAGUCAAUCGACUUGCAGCCCCAGUUCUACGCAAGAAAGAAAAACUUCCAGCACCGAUACUGCUUGCACUCAAGAACGAAAUAUAGAAUUGGAAGCUGCAUCUCAUCUUUUAACACAGAAAGAAAAAUCCUUGUGUAUUCAACUUGACCUAGAACCGACUGCAUAUUUGACGCAAAAAACAAUGGUAAUAGAUGCAUAUUUGGAAGGUAAUAGGAGAUCGAACGUUUUAACUCAAUCAGAACGACAGAACAAAAUUCUCCAUUAUUUGGUAACUAACGGUUUAAUUGCAGCUAAUUGAUUAAAUAAAUAAAGAUUAGCGAUAUUAUACCAUUCUAAGUCAUUUUUAAUCUUGCAAGCUAAGUCCUAGAUAUAACUAGAAUUUGAGUCUGAUAAUAUAUAGGGCAAAUGGAUAAAGAAAAAAGAGAAUAUAUAUGCUGUUGAUACUUGUUUCAUGCAGCAAUUUAGAUAUUUCUAUGCAAUGCGCGAUUUAUUAACAUAGGAUCGAUAGAUAGAUAAUCAGGCGUAAUCUACGAUAUAUUUAACGUCUAUGAUAAAUUUUGGCAAUGCAUUCAGAGCCGAUUUUAUUUUAUCCGGUGAUAAAUUCUCACCAUACUUAAUUUCUCUGUUAUCUUUUUUCAGACCAUAUAAUACUAAAAAUAAUGCAAAGAAUAAUAGACAAUUUAGUUAAUUACAAUAAACAUUAACAAAUAUUGUGACCGAAAAUUGAUUCUUAGAGUAUUAUAUUUUACUUAUUAUUUUCAGAAUUUUAUGAAUGUUUUUGUUGAAUGCUAUUUAAGAGAAUCUCUUAACACUGCCUAUGUAGAGCCAUUGAACAUAUUGCUCAAUUAAUUCUUCCAUUGUAUCAUUUUCAUACGCAGAUAAUGCUCACGAAUACUCUCUUUUUUAUUUGUUUUAAAUGUCAAAUAUA